AUGUGGGCGCAGGUGGAGAUCAAGCUGCGGCUGCCCAACAAGGAGGCCCACGACAGGGUGGCGCACGAGCUGCGCUCGGGCUUCCGCGAGACGCACCACCAGGAGAACUACUUCUUUGACGGCAAGAACGGCGAGCUGGGCAAGCAGCGCCAGGUGCUGCGCUGCCGCUUCUACAACCAUGACAAGCGUGCCAUCGUCACCCUCAAGGGAGGGCAGGUGAUCACAGACGGUGUGGGCCGCGGGUCUGAGGUGGAAGAUGAUGUGGAGCCUGUGGCUGCGCGUGACUUCCUGACUGAUCCCACCAAGCUGCUGUCUGUGGGCCUGCCUUUUGUGGAGGACCUGCGCACGAAGCAGAAUGUGACCGAGUUGGUGAGCUUGGGGGGCUUCAAGAAUGUGCGGAGCGAUUUUGACUUUGAGGGUGUCAAGCUUGAGCUGGACGAGACCCAGUUCGACUGGGGCACUGUGUAUGAGAUCGAAGUGGAGACGCCGGAGCCAGAGAAGCUCAAGCCAAAGCUGGAGCUAUUGCUGAAGAGCAGGGACAUCCCAUAUGCCUACAACACAACAACAAAGUUUGCCAAUUUUGUCAACCGCACUUUGAAGUGA